AUGGAGCUGAACAGACUGCUCCUCCUCACAUCCUUCCUCCUGCACGUGAAAGAGGACCGUGCCAGCCCAACACGGCUGGUCUGUGACAACAGGCUCAUCCAGAAGUACAUCGUGGAGGCCAAGGACAUGGAAAAGAAAGUGGGCCAGUGCCAGGCCCUGCCUGCACUCAGGUGCCCUGCAGUGCUGCCCUUGGUGGACUUCACUUUCCAGCAGUGGAAAUCCAAAUCGAACGAGACCAAGCGGCGGGAGAUCCUGUGUGACCUGGCCCUGCUGCUGGGCGCUGCAGCAGGGGCCCAGGGCCAGGUGAGCGACGAGUGCGGGGCCAGGCAGCUGAGCCAGCUUUACCGACACGCCAACUCCUUCUUCCUGCUCCUGCAGACCUUCAGCUGGGAGGCAGGGCACUGGGAGCCCAGCUGCUCCCCACACUCCAUGGAGCAGACCCACAUCUCCAGCAUUUUCCUCACCUACCGGCAGCUGGUACAGGGCAAGCUGCGCUUCUUCUUCUACGACCUGGCCAAGGCCUCGUGCAAGCAAGGAGCGGGGGACAGCAGAGACCCUCCAUGUGAGGCCCAAUGAGGCUGCACACAGGGUUCAACCACAAAGCAAUGCUGGAGCAAUC